ACGGGAAGUAAACAGCAGUCACGGUGCGCUCCUCCUCCUCUGCAUGUGCUUCCCCACGGCUACUCCCCCCCAUCAGAGCUCUGCUCAUUUGCAUGAAAUGUGUGUCAGUAGGACACAGCUCACAUGCAGCGCGCGCAUGCAGCAGGCAUUCCUACAGCAACCGAGUCCACGCGCAGUCCUCUGCCACUGAGAGCAGCUCUACUACAGCAGCGUGACUGGGACGGGAGGAAAGAGGGCGUGUGAACACUGUCCUUGCCAUACAAAAACACAAACUAUUUAAAGGGCAAAGAAAGGAGGGGGAAAUAGCAGGGAAAAAAGCUCGCUCACAUUUUUAAGACACCUGAAAACGUGUUCGGUGUUUAUUUGUGUGACGCUUAAACUAGUUCCACAGCUCUAGCUUGGAGAAAGAUGUUUUGAAGGAAAGCGCAACUGUAAUGUGCACGAUACAGUGACAUCGUUCAAAGAGUGAAGACAGCAGGCACAGUGCCCUGUUUACCUGAAGGACAUCUGACAUUAGAGUUUCUCGAGACAUUUCCUAACAGACUUCUUGAAGUUCUCACCUGCGUGGACUCGACCCAGAUACCGGCAUUCCUUCAUCAGCAUCAGGAACCAUGGACACCAUGGACAGCAGUCCAGGUGGAGGAGUGAUCCUCUAUGCAGGCUCAACAGGAAGUGCAAGCCCCAGCCCAGGAAGCCCAUCCAGUGGGUACCAGUCCCAGUCCCCAGCUUCUCAGCCCUCGUCCCCGGAGGAGGUCUCGUUCACUGAGCUCGGUGCUCUUAAAAAACAUCCAGCUGGAAGCAAUUUCAGUUCUACAGGGGGCAACAAACUGGUGUUCCAAUUUCCAGAAGUAAGCAGCGCUACCACUGUUAACCCCAUUACACCGACUGUAACAUCAUCAGGGCAAAACAGCUAUUCUCACCCAAUGGUUGGCAGGCGACCAAGUGGGUUCACGGGUACUUUUACCAAAACAGGAGGUAUGGUGUUGCUCUGCAAAGUAUGUGGGGAUGUUGCAUCAGGAUUUCACUAUGGUGUUCAUGCAUGUGAGGGAUGCAAGGGUUUCUUCCGCCGCAGUAUCCAGCAGAACAUCCAUUAUAAGAUGUGUGUGAAGAAUGAAAGCUGUCUGAUCAUGAGGAUGAACCGCAACCGCUGUCAGCACUGUCGAUUUAAGAAGUGCCUCUCUGUCGGCAUGUCCAGAGAUGCUGUGCGAUUUGGACGCAUCCCAAAGCGCGAGAAACAACGCCUACUGGACGAAAUGCAGAGUUACAUGAACAGCCUUAAUGAAUCAUCUUCCAUGGACAUCACCUGUACUACACCCACCGAGACUCCUCCCAGCCCUGAAGAUGGCCAGGCAGAAGAGGCCAUUGGUGCUAUCUCGCAAGCUUAUCGCAAUAUCUUUGUGAACGGGGAGAAGUUGUUAGUAAAGAUUAAUAAUGAAAACAACAACCCUUCUUCCUUCCGUCAUAAUCCGAUACAAGAGUCCGGCUACAGCCAGACUCACUCUCAGCCAAGCAUCUCACCCCAACAUCAUUCCAUCCAUUCCACAUCAAGCUGUCUAUCCCGAUCCAGAUGCCCGGUCGCCAAUCACGACAACAAACCAAAAACACAAGUUGUGGACAACAGUCAGUAUAACUUCCCACAGUCCUCAAGUCCCAACCUGGGAACUACACCUUCUCAAAGCUGUCCAUUGAAGCACAACAAUUAUUCCACUCAAACAUCUUGUCCUUGGAGACUGAGCCCUGGUGCUAAAGUUCUGGCAUGUCCUCUCAAUGCGUGUCCCGUCUCCCCAGCCAGUCACUCCAGUCAGCAGGUUUGGGAGAGUUUUUCCCAGUGCUUCACUCCAGCUGUUAAAGAAGUGGUUGAAUUUGCCAAGAGCAUUCCAGGGUUUCAGGCCCUGAGUCAACAUGAUCAGGUCAUGCUGCUGAAGGCAGGAACCUUUCAGGUUCUAAUGGUGAGGUUCUGCUCGCUGUUUGAUGCCAAGGAGCGUACCCUAACUUUCCUGAAUGGUCAGACCUACCCAUUGGCGUCCCUGCGAGUGCUAGGCAUGUGUGGCCUUCUGGACGCCAUGUUUGAGUUCAGCGAGAAGCUGGGGAACAUGGGUCUGGAGGCCGAUGAGAUGGCCCUCUUCAUGGCUGUGGUGCUAGUUUCUGCAGAUCGUUCAGGUAUCUCAGAUGUGGGGGCCGUAGAGCAGCUCCAGGAGGAUUUGAUCGGCGCUCUUCGUGCUCUCAUCACUCGGCGAAGGCCAGAGGACAGCUCACUCUUCCCCAAACUCCUGCUACGUCUGCCUGACCUCCGUACCCUCAACAACCAGCACUCGGAGAAACUCCUAGCCUUCCAUAUCGACCCCUGAG